AUGGAUAAAGUGGCGGGGACAUCAAAUAAUGGAAAAGGGGGACGACCAACCGUCCGAGUUGACGUGGGGUCCCCCCUCCUGGACUGGGAAGAAGUUGACCAUUUCAGCUUUGAAGAUUCUGAACGUUUCGAAGAGGAUUCCCUUUGUAGUUGGAGUUCAGAGCCCGAAAGUCUUUGUAACAAUUGGCGCGGUUGGAAGCGACCAAUUAUAAUACAACCCGUUUACGGCAAUCGUACGAAAAGGUUUCUACAAGAAAAAGCUGUGGCGUCUCUCGGAGAACUAGCUGCGAAAUGCGUAGCAUGCAACAUACCAUUUGAGUUAGUGGAACAUGUAUAUCCACCGGUGCCUGAACAACUACAACUCCAAAUUGCCUUCUGGAGUUUCCCUGACAGUGAGGAUGAUGUCCGGCUUUAUUCCUGUCUUGCAAAUGGAUCUUCUGAUGAGUUUCAGAGAGGCGAGCAUCUUUUCAGAGACAGGGCUGUCAAAGAUGUAUUACAAAUUGGCUUCCACUUAUCAGCAACAGUGGUUCUUAACAUGCCAAGAGCUCAAUUCAAUGUGGCUGUAACAUUUGACAGACAAAGGAUCUCCUCAUGCAACUGUACUUGUGCAUCAUCAGCACAUUGGUGUUCUCAUAUUGUUGCAGUAUGUCUCUUCAGAAUACAUCUACCAACGCAAGUAUGCCUCAGAGCACCGGUGUCAGAAUCAUUACAAAGAUUACGACGAGAUCAACUCCAGAAAUUCGCACAAUACCUCAUUUCGGAGUUGCCAAGACAAGUGUUGCCCACGGCUCAAAGAAUACUGGAUGAACUAUUAUCCGCUCAACCAAACCAGAUUAAUGCAACCUGCGGGGCUCCUGAUCCUACAGCGGGAGCUUCAGCUUAUGAAUUUACCUCAUGGUUCCUCGAUGAAAGGACUUUGCACAAUAAUAUCAACAAGAUUUUAGUCAAGUUUUGUGUACCAGCUCCUAUCGUAUUCAGUGAUGUGAAUUACUUAAGCACUAGCGCCCCGCCCGCGGCAGCGGAAUGGACGUCCCUCCUGCGACCGUUGAGAGGACGGGAGCCGGAGGGAAUGUGGAACCUGCUCUCCAUUGUCCGUGAGAUGAUCAUGGCUUGUGAACAGAUCAUAGUGUGGUGGUACAGCACUAAGGCUGCGCUGGUUGCGUGGAGCGGGUCGGGCAGCGCGGGCGGGAAGCACGGCGCCGGCGGGAACUCCGCGGCGCAGCAUGCUUGCUCCUCCCUCUGUGAUGAGAUGGUGGUACUGUGGCGCCUGGCUGCUCUCAAUCCGUCGUUGGCGCCGCACGAGCGCGACACGCUACACGAACAGUUCGCUCAGUGGCAUACGAAGGUCUUAGAUAAGGUGGCAAAAAAUCGUAACAACCUUAACAUGAGUUCUACAUCUCACACGAGACAUUCAAGAUCCCACACGCACUCGCCGUACAUCAGCGGCAUCAGUGAGAGCGAGGUGUUCCCCGGCUUCCACCCCGCCAUGGAGGCCUGCUUCCUGGAGUGGGACGACUACCAGAUACCAGGAGUCACCUACAGCAAGGACCUCAAUCCGUUGUACCACAGCCCAUUCACCAUUUUCCGUCAUACCGAAAAACACAAUGAUAGUGUCCAUCAGGUCCAUUCAUCAAAAGCAGUAUUAAACAAUGAAAUGUCGUUGAACUACCGGCUGUCGAGCCAGGAGCCGGUGCAAAGCCAGCCGAAGAAGCGUCACCUGCCGCCGCCCCGGCUGUGCGCCGCCUCGCACCGCCUCACCAACCUCGCCUCCAUCACGCUCGCUAAAUGCGACUUCCUCUGCACAGUAUUAAGUGAAUUCAGCGAGCAUCAUGAACUAGCGUUCCGCGUGGGUCUGUACGCGCUGGAGAUGUCGCGGCCGCCCGCCAGCACCAAGUCGUUGGAAGUGAAGCUGAGCAACCAGGAGACGGAGCUGGUGGCGUUGCUGAGGAAGCUGCCCAUCGGCAAACCGCAGCUCGCCCUCGCGCGGGAGAAGGCUGAACAACUGAGAGAUGGCGUUUUAAGAAACCGUGGUACAUUACUGCCCAUCGCACUGGCCUCUUUCUUGUUCGAAGCUUUGGUAGCGUCUGUAAAUGAUAAAGAAAUAAAACAUACAGUGGAACGUUUGCCGUCGGACGAAAUAUUGGGUUUCGAGGCGGCCGUGGCUGCUUUGGGGCUGAAGGCGAACGUGUCGGAGGCGGAGCACCCCCUGCUACAGACUUACCAUUACCAUGAUUGGACCCAUAGUAAUGGAACGAUUAACUUUCCACCUAUUUAUAAUUGUGUACUUUUGAUUCCUCUUCUGUUAAGGUCUGAACGAUAUUCAGGAUAUAUUCAAUGUUUGUAUUACUUGAUGCUGCAUUGUGUUUUUCUCGUCUGUUACAUGCAUAUAAGUGAUCACAUCACUUCCUCCAGAUAUAAAGGUAAACGCGUGUACCCGUCCGUACCGAACCAGCCGUCGGAGGCGUCGGCGCACUUCAUGUUCGAGCUCGCUAAGUCCGUGCUGUUCAAAGCAGGCGGCAGCUCCAGCACCAGUCUGUUCACACAGACCACGUGCGCGCGCGAGGAGCCGCAGGGCCCGCACAGAGGUUUACACAUGGCUGCGUUCCAAUUGGGUCUCUAUGCACUAGGAUUGCACAACUGCGUUAGUGCGAAUUGGUUGAGUCGUACGUACUCCUCGCAUGUUAGCUGGAUCACAGGUCAAGCCAUGGACAUCGGUGCACCCGCGAUUUUAUUUUUAAUCGACGCCUGGGAGGGACACUUGACACCGCCGGAAGCUGCUGGUAUUGCUGAUAAGGCGUCGUCUGGUCGCGACGUGCAUAUCGUGCGCGCGGCGGCGGAGCUCGCGCUGUCGGUGUUGCCGCACGCGCACGCGCUCAACUACAACGAGAUCCAGCGCGCCGUGCUGCAGUGCAAGGAGCAGAGCGACGCCAUGCUGGAGCGCGCCUGCCUCACUGUGGAGGCCGCAGCCAAAGGCGGAGGCGUGUACCCCGAGGUGCUGUACACGGUGGCGCGCUACUGGCACGAGCUGUACCUGCGGCAGGGCACCGAGGAGGAGGCGGCAGAGGAGCCGCAGUACCGCGCGCCGCCGCCGCUGCCCAUGCCCGUGUCCUACGCCCUGCCCUACCCCUUCACCUACCACCCCUACCCGCCGCACAUCUACCAGCUGCAGUACGGAGGCGCUCCGCCCCCACACCCAGCGCCGCCGUACGCGAUGCCGCAGUACUUCGUGCGGGGUAUAGUGGCGCCGCCGCACCCGCACGCGCACGCGCACGCGUCGCACGCCGCCAUGCCGCAGCACGUGCCGCACGCGUCGCACCAGCCGCUCCCCGCGCUGCCCGCGCUCCCCGCACACCCCGCGCACCAGCCGCACUCGCUGCCGCCACCUAUACCUGUCAAUCAUCCAGCGCCGAUCCCCCCACCGAUCCCGGCGACACAUACCGUGGUAGCGGGCGUGGGCACAGUAUCCGCAGUGGGCGCCGUUAAUAGCGUAACUGGAGUGGGCAAUGUCACAAACGUGGGCACAAUGUCUAACGUGGGCAACAUGGCAAACGUACCCAAUAUAGGAAACAUGGGAAACUCCAGCAACAUGGUGAAUGUUAGCAACAUGGGAAACGUGAGCACUAUCGGAAACGUUAGUACCAUGGGGAAUGUUAACAACAUGGGAAACGUGAGCGGCAUGGGGAACAUGGGAAACAUGGGAAACGUCGGAUUAAUUGGAAACAUGAGCAACACAGGAAAUGUGGGAAACAUGGGAAGCGGAGUGGUAGUGAACAUGGGCAACAUGGGCAACGUGAGUAACGUGGGCAGCGUGCCCCCGGGCGCGGCGGGGCUUAAUGUGUUAACAUUGGUGUGCAGGUACAUCCAGUGCAUCCACCAGAAGCUGUACCACCUGACGCCGCUGGAGUACGAGGAGUUCGUGGGCAUCGUGCUGUCGGCGCGCACCGCCUUCCAGCUCACGCCCGAGGGACACACGCAGUUCAAGGAGUGGCUCGCCUCGCUGCGCAGGUCGAAGUCGUGCAAGAAGGACCUGUGGACGCAGCUGAACGCGGCACUGCAGACGAACGGCAAAUGACGCCGGCAGCCGAUAGUUUGUAUGGUGCAGUGCGCCGCCCGCAAACUGUCUCCGCUCACGACGCUCUACAUACAAUUCUAACGCGCCGUGGAUACUUGCAACACGAACUCUCAUAACUAACACACUUGUUUCAUUCAUUUGGUUUCAAUUUAUAUGCAAAAAUUAAUUUAUCUUUCGUUUAGAAAACUGUUAGUCGUCAAAUAUUGGAAAGAAAUAUUACGAUAAUUAUUAAUUUAGACUUAAAUAUGUUGAUAACUAGCUGUUGCUCGCGACUUCCCGCGCGAAAUUAAAAAGUAA